AUGGGCCCUAUGUUUGGGUGGCAGGGCAUCACGACAGACUCAGGAGAUGGAUCUCAACUUCCAAACUACCAAAUCUCUCUCGAUCCGCAACUUGAAGCCGAUGAGUUGCAUCGAGCAAGUAGUCAGGAUGACAGCAUCGCUGCGCUGGGGGCGUUGCAUACAGGUCGGGAAGAUGUCUUUCUGGGUAUGCUUGCUAGCAUCGAGCCUUCCCAAUCAUCAGGACCGCAUGACUGUCGACCAUCUCAAAGGGCCACUCAUAGAAGCCCGCAGGAAAGCAUUCUGGAUAACCCCGAGUCCAUCUUCUCCUCGACCUUUCCUUCGAGGAGCACCACUUCCGAUCUCCUGCCCACUCAGCCCUCAGCCCCCGCAACUCAGCGCCGCGAUCACUCCGCAUCUGGCACUAAACGCAAAGCCAACGGAUCUCCAACGACUGACCUCGAUUCAAUCGAUGAAGAUAACGCUAAUGCUAUCAGAAGACAGCGCAAUACUGUCGCAGCUCGAAAAUAUCGUCAAAAAGGCCGUGACCGCAUCACGGAGCUGGAAUCUGCUCUUAAAGUUGUCGAGGAGGAGCGUGACAAACUGAAGCUACAACUCGCGAGGAAGGAGGCCGAGGUUGAUGCUUUGAGAGAAAUGAUGAAGAAAUAG